AUGGUGCCUCCAGGGAAAAAGCCAGCUGGGGAAACUUCCAAUUCCAAUAAAAAGUGUAAACGCUAUUUCAAUGAGCACUGGAAGGAAGAAUUUACCUGGCUGGAGUUUGACUAUGAGAGGAAACUCAUGUUUUGCAUAGAGUGUCGGCAGGCGCUGGUGAAGAACAAGCACGGUAAAGCGGAGAACGCCUUUACCGUGGGCACAGACAACUUCCAGCGCCACGCGCUGCUGCGGCACGUCACGUCAGGCGCGCACCGCCAGGCGCUGGCUGUGAACCGGGAGCAGUUGGCCUUCGGGACCCACGGCCACCCCGAGCUGCGCUCGGUCAUCAAGGUGGAGGUGAACCCAGCGAAGGUGGCUGUCCUCACCACCGUCUACUGGAUGGCCAAGGAGGAGAUCCCGGAGGAGAAGUGCUCCUCCCUGCUCAACUUCCAGAAGUUCAACCUGUGCCAGGCGCUGCUGGCCUCGGAGCACAGCGAGUACUACCACCCUGGCAGCGUCAGGGAGAUGCAGGCAGCCAUCGCCAAGGUCCUGCACAACGAGGACAGGCACAGGAUCAAGGCCUCGCCGUUCGUUGGGCUGGUGGUGGAUGAGACGGUGGACGUGGGCGAGGUGAUGCGUUCCUUCGGCAUCCCCACCGUGAAGCUCACCUGGCUGAGUGCCGACAGCGCCUCGCUGGUAGCCGAGCGGCUGAGUGGGGUGGGGACCGCGCUGACCUCGCUCUGCCCGCUCCUCACCGAGAUGCACUGCCUGUCCAACGGCAGCUCCCUGCUGCCAGCCGAGACUAUCGGUACCAUCGAGUACCUCCAGAAGUAUGAGACCACCGUGGAUGCUGUGUACAGGCUCUACUCCAGCUGCCGGUGGGAAAGCGAUGGCCUGCAGGAGCUGCGGAGCGUCCUGGACCUCUGUGAGAUAGACCUUGGGAGCCCCAAGGCCAUCCACUGGACUUCUAUCUUCCCAGCCAUGGAAGCCAUUGACUCCUUGUGGCCCACACUGGUGCUGCUGCUGGAGAGCGAGGCGGAGCGCUCGCCCGUGGCCCGUGGCCUCUGCGAAGAGCUCAAGAAGUUCCGGUUUGUGGCCUUCACCAAGAUCCUCCUGGAUGUCCUCCCAAUCUUCCAGAAGCUCAGUCGCUUCUUCCAGAUUGAGGACUUUGACCUCUCCAUCCUGAAGCCCAUUGUCUCAGCCACGGCCACCACUCUGCAGGCCCAGCAGAGCACCAGUGGCCAGAACCUCCGGGAGUUCCUCAGAGAGAUGAACGAGCACCCGCAGGAUGACCGGGAGGGCGAGAGCCACCUCUACUACAAGGGUGUCGAGCUGGCCAACUGCUCCCAGGUACACCUGAAACACUUUGAGCGCCUGAAGGAGAGUUACCUGGAGAGCGUGCGGGGCAACCUGCUGGACAGGUUCCCCAGCAGCGUCCUGGAGGCCAUCAGCUCCUUCUCAGCCAUCUUCAACCCCAAGUGCUACCCCCAGUCUCUGGAGGACAUUGGCAGCUACGGCAUCAGCGAGCUGAAUUUCCUGCUGCAGGCAUACUCACAGGUGGUGGUGAGUGAGAGGGCCUUGAGUGACUUCCCCCUCUUCAAGCGCAUCGUCUUCAGCCUCAGCCAGCUGUCCUUCAGGGACCUCUGCGUCAAGCUGGUCUACAGCAGCUCCGAGAUG